AAGUACCCGGGAAAGUACCCGGGCAAGUAACCUGCCAGCCUUGGGACGGGGUUUGGGUUCAGUACCUGAGGGAGGUACUUCUAUGGGAGGAGGCAUGUACAUGCCCAACCUGGGCAAAGAAGAGGAGGAGGAGGUUGCUGUCUGUUCUCUUGUCGAGAUGCGCGCCGACGUCGAAAACCCACCCACACUGUAAAUCUUCGGUCAGGCAUUGAGCUUUUCGACACGUUGACGCUUCGCUGCAUCCCGCUCAGCCAUGACAGCCCCCUUCCACUCGAUCCAAUCAUUUCAUGUCGAGCCAUAGGUGAGGCAUUGAGCCUCACGAUUUCUUCCCAUCCCUAGCCAACACCGUCAGCUCGCUAUGUCGUGGGAUCUACUCCAGCGCUUUAUCGAGAGUGAUGUCUUCAACCAGAACCCCUUUCUCUCUGUUUCCUAUCUGUCUCGAUAUGCGGACCAUGUCGGCAUCCACUAUGUCCUGUGCUCGAAGCUCCGCCAGUUCCCCUACGAGGACAUCGAGUUCUUCCUGCCCCAGCUGUGCCACCUUAUAAUGAGCGUCGACAAUGAGUCUAUGGCGCUGGAAGAGUUCCUGCUGGAUCUCUGCGAGGAAUCUGUCACUGCCGCUCUGCUGACAUUUUGGCUCUUCCAAACCUAUCUGCACGACCUCGCCUCGACGCCCCAGUCCGAAGCCUUCAAGACCUGCCGGAGGGUUUACAACAAGGUGCAGCAUAUCGUCUUCGGCCUCUCGGAAGCCGCGCGACACGACAAGAUCAAAGAGAACGCCCUCCCCGUCACCGUGCUGGCGAGCUUUGUCCUAGCCAGCGUCGGUCUCCCGGGCCUGCCGCAAUGGGCCGGCCCGUUAGCCGUCGCGCAGGCGAGGAAACCCCACCCCUCUGGCGACGUUAUAUCCGAGACGAGCCAGCCGAGCCAGCCGCCAAAGGUCACGAGAAGUCAAACCGUGACGGGGAACACGACGAGGUCGCGGCGGCCGCGGGAGCCGGCCCGGAUCGGGAGCGUGCCCGACUCGAGAAAGGUUAUUUCGACGCCCAGGUUUCCGUUGCAUGUAACCCCUCCCCCACCCCCGAGUCUCGGGGACGACGGAGACGCCGCACCCGAACCGCGGAAGCCGGGCUAUGUUGACAGUAGGCUGUUGGAUGCUCGCUUGAGCUCGUCGUCUCUCCCGCUCCCCGAGGUAAGAUCGCCAAGGAUGCCAGCACGACCAAUCACGCCGCUCUCCGCCGGGCUCCCGCGUCCGACCGACACCAUAACGCGAAGACAUUCUCACCAUAUCAAAACGCUUGCAAGUCUAGCCGAGAUGACAGUGGCCCAGAAGGCAAAAUUAUUGCGGCAGAAUUACUUUCAUUGUCAAACCGCGUUUCUGCCGGCGCUUGAGGAUAUAUCAAACCGCUUAGUCAUUGUGCCGAAGCCGGCUCGUCUCAGCGCUCUACGUGCCGAGCUUGCGCUCAUCGCUAGAGACUUACCAGCCGAGCUGGACAUACCUAUCAUCUGUCCACCCACUCUAGUCGACGGUUCGCCUGCAAAGAGUCGUCACCAUCGUAUUGUGAGGAUCAACCCUGCAGAGGCCACCGUUCUUAACAGCGCCGAAAAGGUACCCUACCUCCUCAUGCUCGAGAUCCUUCGCGAUGACUUCACAUUCGAUCCUACCUCCAGAGAGAACCAGCGGCUUCUCAGUAACCUUGUGUCUGAGCAAGGCACUCGCAAGCGCCUCUUCGACCUGUCAGAUUCGCAAAGAACGCAAACAGCUGAGCGGGAACCCUCUUCUGUGGUAGAGAAGAUCGAUAGCGUGUUCGAACCCACCUCGGGCGACUUAGGGACCUCACCGAUGCUGAAACCCUACGACGACGACGACAUUGUUGAUAGGAGGAAUGGGAAGCAGCCUAUCGGCCGCAUCAGCCUGACUAAUGGCAUAGCAAACAUAUCCUCUCCACCGAACUUGACUCCACCACGAACUUCAACAACGUCAACAUCCAGAUCAAGCAGUCCCGGUCCGUUGAGAAGGCUAACCUUACCCAACCACCGGAACACUCUAAGCGACCAACCGGAUUUCUCGGCUCUGGCAACACACAUGCGGACAGCAUCGCAGAUGCUAGCUCAGCUAGAAGCUACGAGCGGUAAGAGACCGCGGCAGGAGGUUGCCGCUAUCCGGUCCAGAAUCAUCGCAAGCAUGCAGAGCCUUGAGGAACAAAGCUUCGACCUCGACGACGGUCACGGUCCCACCUUUGAUUUAAUCAUAGCCAAGGCCAAUGCGGCGGCAUCCUCGGCUUCCGAAGGCGGCGACUUGGAAGAGGACCUCGAGCCGACAACUAACCCGAACGCGGGCGCUGCUCGGAUGGAGAACGACGCGAUGACCGGCGGUGUCCAGAGGAAAGGGGAUCGUGACGACCCGAGUGCCGCGGUGUUUGGUGAAGCAUGGCAUAUGAAGAAGGAACGGAUUCGCAAGACCUCGCCGUACGGGUGGAUGAAGAAUUGGGAUUUGGUUAGUGUCAUCGUCAAGACCGGGGCCGAUCUCCGGCAGGAAGCUUUUGCGUGUCAACUCAUCCAGGUCUGCCACAAGAUUUGGGUGGAUGCGAGCGUCCCCGUGUGGGUGAAGCUGAUGCGAAUCCUGGUCACCGGCGAGUCAUCGGGUCUCAUCGAAACGAUCACGAAUGGUGUAUCCCUGCACUCGCUCAAACGUAGCUUGACUCUAGCCUCGAUAGAGUCCGGGGCAAACCCUCGACGCCGCCUCGCAACGCUCAAGGACCAUUGGGUCAAGACGUUUGGCAAGCCAGAAAGCGAGCCUUACCGAGCAGCCGUAGACGCCUUCAAACGCUCCCUCGCAGCAUACAGCAUCAUCUCGUAUGUAUUGCAAUUAAAAGAUCGGCACAACGGCAAUGUGCUCAUCGAUAACGAGGGGCACAUUAUCCACAUCGACUUCGGCUUUAUGCUUUCAAAUUCGCCCGGGUCCGUCGGAUUUGAAGCAGCCCCUUUCAAACUGACGUGGGAAUACGUGGAGGUGUUGGGCGGGGUUGAUUCUCCCGAUUUUGAAGACUUCAAGACGCUAUGCAAGCAGGCCUUUCAAGCUUUACGUCGUUCGGCGGACAACAUCAUUGAUCUAGUCAGCAUGAUGGGACGGGAUUCGAAUAUGCCGUGCUUCGCGGUUGGAGUAACACAGGCGACGGCAACAUUGCGGCAGCGUUUUCAGUUGCAUCUGAGUGCCGAUGGAGCAGAGACUUUCGUCGAGACUGAUCUCAUCGCAAAGUCACUGGGCAGCUACUAUACACGACUUUACGACACUUUCCAAUACCGCACCCAGGGUAUAUAUUAGUCAAUCGACCAUAGAGGGCCUCUGUAUCCGGGCCACGGGGUGUUAACAGCAUUGCGGCAUUUGGGCGGCGUUGCGGGCGAUAGACUCAGGUUCGGACUGGCCUCCGUCCAGAGUUAACCAUUGUUUGUUUGAAUGGCUAGACAUCAGCGACAGGACGACAAGGUCUUCUCUAUAUACAUACAUGCUUGCGAACCAACCAAUUUUGAGACGCUAAUCCUCAGGUGGGCACCAUUUGAUGAUUUUGAAUAGUAAGUUGCAGGAUGGGUGUACGCAGGGGUAUGGCCAGGCUAGGGUUGGCUUCAUAGAGAGGAGCGGCAGAGCAGGAGACCAGAGGCAUCCAAGCAGCCAAGUUCCAUAGCCCAGACUAGCACUCUCUAUCUCAACCCCCUUGCUAAUACCAAUCCUUACCUAGCAAUGAUUCCUCUUCAAUCCCAAGCUAAGUUUGUCUCAUUAAGUCAACUGCAGUCUGUGUUCAACCUCUAUUGUGAGCAUCGAAGGUACGAGGAAUAGAU